CAUCGCACACAGUACGGUCGUAUUUGUUUUAAACUAUUAUUAUUAUAAUACAAUGAGUGACGAAAGAGUUUUUAUUGUGGAUGGUGGAGUGAACGUUGUUGAUGGAGUAGAGGUGGCGGACAUCAACUUUGGAGGAUCAAACAUGGUAGGGGGUGGCGUCCACGUUGUUGACGGUGACUCCGGCGUACACGUUGUGGAUGGUGACUCAGGAGUCCACGUGGUCGAUGGUGAUUCAGGAGUAAAUGUGGUCGAUGGAGACAGCGGGGUCCAUGUUGUCGAUGGAGACAGUGGAGUCCAUGUUGUGGAUGGAGACAGUGGGGUCCACGUUGUAGACGGCGGCUAUGAACCUGUUCAAAUGUUCGGCGGUAACGUAAAUGUUGUUGAAUAAAUAUAUUAUUAGAAAUUAAAGUUUAUUUUCGUA